CUUCUAGUUUAUUUAAUUUCUCAAUCCAAUUCAAUUGCAAACUAUCUUAUCAGUUAUCACAAACAUUUCACAAAAUCAAAUUCUAAAGACAGAAAUUAAAAUCGAAAAUAGUUCAAAAAUGUCACAAGAAUACACUUAUUGGGUACCUUUAAAAGCCCUUCUUCAUGGUAUUCUCGCUAUUGUUUUUAGUUUUAUGGCUUACACCAAACGAGUCAAGAGUUAUGAAGUGAGCAGCUUUAAUGGGUAUUGCGCGUAUCCAAGCAGCUCAGCAUGGUAUUAUGGUAUACUUGCGGCACUAACUCUUCUGUUUGGGCAACUUACAAUUACUUACGGCAUCAGAUGCUUUUGUUGUCGACGUCGUGGGGUUCAUUUUAACAGAAAAUUUGUUGCUAUUUUGGCAAUGAUAUUCUUCAUUCUUUCCUGGUGCGCAUUUGUCAUAUCAUUCAUCGGAUUGAUAUACACCGCGGUUGUCAACAGCCACAAAUUCCUAGUAAAACAUCACUCUCAAAACAACGGAGGCAAUUGCUUCAUUGGCCUAGAGAAUUUGUUCUUAGGGGCUGCAAUUUGGUGCAUAAUUACCACAGUUUUAGGCCUAAUCACUUACGCCUUUUGGGCGUGUAGUAUUCAUAACAAAAACACUAAUUGUGAGCAAGCUAAUUAUGGGCAAAGUGGUGUUGCAAUGGGACAAAUUCAUACACAAUUACCAAAAGAACAAUGUUGAUCAUGUCAAUGUUAAAUUAAAUUAAUUGGUUGUUAGUUGUGUAAACCAAAAUUGAUGGAAUUGCAAGAAGAAAAAAAAAGUGUGCAAUUCCUCUAAUUAGAAGUUCAAUUUUUUUUUUCACUCUUCAGAAAUUUUAUGUAAUUUUUAAAAUUCUUUUAUUUUAUUUUUGUUUAAUUACAUGCCCGUGUGUAUUGAUAUUUAUUUGAAUUCAAGAAGUUUAUUC